GGACAAGACAGGUAACAUAUAGCUCUAAAUCAGACAGUUCGCAGCAGGUGUGAGCGUGCAUAAGUUCUUCACAGCGAUACAUGCUGGGAGUAGUAGAACGCUUACGAUCCCACAAUGAAGUUUGAUGAUAUUCUGGUACGGCUAGGGGAGUUCGGAUACUAUCAGAAACGGCUCUACCUCCUUCUGUGUAUCCCAGCCAUUAGUACGGGAUGUUACAUGAUGAUGCUGAUUGUCGCCAUGCAGUCGCCGGAACACAGGUGUAUGAUCAACGGAUAUCCAAACGACACAUAUGACAUACAGAGCGACUUCCAUCGACACCUAGUUAACGCCACCAUCCCAUCCUCCGAGGCAGACAGCACAAACAAAUACGACAUGUGUAACACCUAUUCCUACCUCGGGGGCGUCAACUUCUCCCACAUAACGACGUUAGACAAGGACUCGGCAUCUAAAGUGAAAUGCAAUAAAUGGGUUUUCGACAAAUCGGAAUUCGACGAAACCUUUGCGACACAGCAUGGUCUGUUAUGUGACGAUUCCCUGAAGACCUCACACAGUCAGAUGUUAUUCUACGUCGGCGUACUUGCGGGUGAUCUCGGCUUCGGCAUGCUGUCUGACUAUAUCGGACGUAAGAAAACUUUCCUAAUCACAUCGAUCUUACUCGUCGCCUCGUCCGUCAGCGCUGCCUUCGCGCCGGAGUAUUACAGCUUCUUAGUCCUGGAGUUUAUCGUAGGAGCGUCCAUCCACGGCUUGUUUAUGGUGUGUUGUGUCCACGGUCUUGAAUUGGUGGGGCCUAACAAGAGGAUAUGGGCUGGAAUUGUAAUCCACAUAUUCUUCGCCAUUGGACUGUGUUAUCUGGCAGGGGUAGGGUACCUCCUCAGACACUGGAAGUGGAUCCAACUGGCGGUGGCCAUUCCGUGCGCUAUAUAUAUGUUCUAUUGGUGGUUUAUACCCGAGUCCCCGCGUUGGCUCAUAAGUCAAGGUCGAUAUGACGAGGCAGAAGAGAUCAUGCAGAAGAUCGCCAAAGUCAACAAAGUGGAAACGAAUGAACGAUUUGUGGACGAAAAGACUUUAGACGCACCUGAAGGGGGACAACUCUGGCAUCUAUUUACAAACAAGGUGCUAUUUAUCAGGACAAUGAUAUUGUUUUUCAAUUGGAUCGUUGUCAGUAUGGUCUACUAUGGAGUAACAAUGCAUGCUGGCAAACUGAGUGACAGUUUUUUCUUCGGAUUCUUUCUUAUGGCCCUGGUUGAGUUUCCCGCUGGUGCUGCAACAAUUGCCUUGCUUGACCGCUGGGGCCGACAAAAACUUCAAUGCGCAUGUAUGCUUACUGCCGGCAUUGCAUGUCUAUGUACGAUAUUUCCGGUUUUAUUCGGAGGCGAUGACCUUAUGCCGUUGACCUUGACCUUGUCGAUGAUUGGAAAGUUCGGAGCUGCGGCUGCCUUUGGGGUGAUAUAUGUAUUCUCUCUCGAGUUAUAUCCUACGGUAGUCCGCAAUGGUGGCAUGGGAGCAAGUUCGUGUGUGGCACGUUUUGGUGGCAUGGCCGCUCCUUAUGUGGCACAAUCGGGAACUUUGGUUGACGGUAAAUUCGGAUUAGCUCUUCCUUUAAUGAUCUUUGGAGGGGCGUCAGUCGCUGCUGGCCUGCUAGCUCUUCUACUUCCGGAAACACUGGAACGAAAGCUCCCGGAAACUAUAGAAGAUGCUAAAACUUUCGGAAAGCCACAGAAAUCUCCGUCCAAACUCACACUGCGAUUGGAUUCCUCAACAACAAGUUUUCCCUCCCUUGAAAAUUUUACAAAACUGUGAUAUAGAUGAUAUAUAACGUGUUUAAGUUCAUUAUUGUGAUAUAUAUAAAUAUAUAAUAAUGUGUUUAUAAACACAGGUUCACACAAUUGUAUGCUUAUCAGAUUAGAUUAGUAUGGGUCGGCAUGAGCCGCACGUUAUUUGUUAUGUACGUGGAGAGAUUAUUUUUAUAAUUGUGAUAUCAUGAUACCAAUUACAACAAAUUGUUUAUUUCCAAUUCAAAGUAUUUAAUACUUUAUUGAUACUCUUUCGUUUUGAUUUUUUUAACGAUGUAAUCAUAUCGUAAGAUAAUACUAUACACGACCUAUCUGAAACUUAGACAGUUUUCAGAAUGUUUACAAAAUGAACGAUUUUAUGCAUUCCUAAUAUAUUAUGUUCAUGCCUUUAACCUUUUGUACAUUAUCAUUUUUGACGUAUUCCAUUUUCAAGGCUAAUACAAACGGUCUGUAUUCAUCACCACUCUAUUAAGAUUUAAAACGACACAGCUUUUCACGGAAGUUAAUUCAACAUCAUUUUAAAAAAAAUAUUGUUGUGUAUGUUAUUCAGGCUAACAGGAGUGAUGAAUAUCAGUUAAUAUACAACUUGGUGUCAAAUAAAAUAAAGUUAAUUGUUAAUCUAUAAUGAUAUUUGGGAUAUUGAUUCAUCGAAUGUAAUAUGGCUUGUUAACCAUGUUUAUACCAGAAUUGUACAGAUUUUUAAGAUUGCCUUUGUGAAAAAGUAAGAGCAAAAUAAUAUCAAAGUGCACAAACUCCACAAUUCUAAUUCAAAAUUGAAAAAAAAACAAGGGCAAAAUAUUCUUUUUGACACAUGGUGAGAAUUUUAUAUCAUUAUACAGGUGUUGCAUUAGUAGUAAUCACACUAGGUAUAUAGUCAGAUAUUAGUUUUUCUUAUAGGUUUUAUGAUAAUAUUUUACAUUUGUAUGUACAAAGAUAAAUUUCAUAUCCAGUAUAAAUAGUUAAGAAUAUAUAAAGACAAGAGUAUAAUAGUAUGCAUUAUGUUGUUAUUAUUAUUGUGUUGUAUAGUAUUGUAUUGUGUUGUAUAGUAUUGUAUUGUGUUGUAUAGUAUUGUAUUGUGUUGUAUAGUAUUGUAUUGUGUUUCAUAGUAUUGUAUUGUGUUGUAUAGUAUUGUAUUGUGUUGUAAAGUAUUGUAUUGUGUUUCAUAGUAUUGUAUUGUGUUGCAUGUCAGUGAUGCAGAUCUGGAGAUAGUUUCAAAUUACAUGGAUAUUUACUAAAGGAAUUUUAAAACUAAAAAUUGUAGGUCUGAAUUUUAAGUUAACUAUUUUGUGUUCAACCCUUUUCCGAUGUUAAAUCACAUUUCCGAUUACGAGACAUAGAAAACGAAUUUUAAACAUGAAUAUUAUAUCAAAAUUAUAUCAAGCUUAACUUUCUGAAAAAAAAUGAUGAGCUUUAAUGCGAUCCAAUUAGUGAGCUCACACCAGUAAUUACGUGGAUCAGACGAAAAAGUUCUUCAGUAUAUUUAUUUCCUUAGUUGUAUAUAUAUAUAAUAAAACCAGCAGAUGGAUAUUUUCAUUUGUUUUUAUGAGUUUAUUUUCGUAUAAAUAUAUGUAUAACCGGUGUCAUAUAUUGUUAACAAAUCCAUAUGCGGUUACACUGUUAAAGAUAAUUAAGCCAAAUAAAACAAUUGAUUAUCACAAGCAUAUACGUAGAUUUAAGAUUUUUUCUUCAAAAUAAGUCUUUUCAUGGAAAAAAGUUUAAUAUUAUAAAAGUGUACACCAUGUUCGCGUUGAAAAAGUUGCGCUGACUUAUGUUUGUUCCAAUCGAAGUUUUGUUGUGUUUUUUUUCUGGAUAACAUAUAAUUAAAUAUGCCAAAUCAACACUGUCAAUAUAUUCUAUUAAAAUUUUAUAAUUUACUGGAAUUUGACUAUGCCAAAAUAAGUUCGGUAACGUUUUCGAAAGGUGUGCUGGAUGACAAUAAAGACAGGCCAUUGUUUCCAGAUCAUUGUCAAGAUAUCACGAAUGAAAUGUUCUGUUAAAGAGAUAAUACACUGAUAUUCUACAAUAUGCACCCAUUGCUAUUCACAUUCUUAGUAUAACAAACAAUCACUACCGGGAGUGUCCAUGAAUGUAAACAGUUGUUGAUGACUAUGAUGCUAUGUUAGUGUUUGCUCUUCACCCUUUCCCCCUGCAAUUUUCCAUUCGAUAAAGUUUAAUCUAUGAAAAUUGGCAAUAUAUAUUGUUUUAUGACAUCACCUAGGAAGAUAUCAGACGACUGAUCUUUUUUAACACGCUCCUUUAGGUGCACACUUAAGUUCGCCAGGACUUCCGUAGCCUGGUACAACAUAUUAUCUAAGAGGUGUGUCUCAUGAUUUUUAUCCAACUUCCGGAUGUAGGUUUUUUAUUUUAUGUAAUGUAUGUUCAUCCUGUCCACCUAGAUGUCCUAAAUACGAUUAUAGUAUAUCUUAUACAAAAACAUGAAUAACACAAGUUCUAUCGACAAAACAGAAAUCAUAUAUAUAUAUAUAUUUAAUAAAAAAUAUGAAAAAUAA